CACCACCACUUUCCCCUUUCUUUUAUAUCAACCCGCUCUCCUUCCCCCACCCACUUCUUCUUCUUCUCCUCUUAAACCUCGUCCCCUCUCCACCCGUCCGGAGCUUCGUUUCUUGUCCGCGGAUCUCGUCUGAUGGCUGUGGAUUGCGUGAAGAUGGUGGACAACGAGAGGGCCAUCCAAGAAGCGGCCGCGGCUGGGCUGAAGAGCAUGCAGCAUCUCAUCUCCUUCUUCUCUUCCCCCCACGAUUCCGUCUCCAACCACCCCCUGCCUUCCGACUCCGCCGCUCACCUCACCCACUUCACCGUCUCCAAGUUCAAGCAGGUCAUCUCUCUCUUGAACCGCACCGGCCACGCCCGCUUCCGCCGCGCCCCGCAGAAGCCCCUCCCUCUCGAUCUCGUGCCCGAAUCCAAACCCGAUCCGAAGCCCGCGGCCAAGCCUCUGAGUCUGAGCCAGACCCACCCCUCGCUGUGCCACUCCCAGUCGCUGUCGCUGUCCCAGUCCCAGUCGCAGGACUUCUUCAGCUUGUCUCAGCCCAUGUCGUCCGCCACCUCGUCCUUCCUCUCCACUAUCACCGGCGACGGCAGCGUCUCCAACGGCAAGCAGGGGUUGUCGCCCCCGACGAUUUCCGCCGGGAAGCCGCCUCUGGCAUCGACUCACAGGAAGAAGUGCAUGGAGGAGGCCCUCUCCGCCGGGAGAUGCCACUGUUCGAAGAAAAGGAAGCACAGAGCGAAGAGGACGAUAAGAGUGGCGGCAGAGAUACCGGCGGACCCGUACACGUGGAGGAAGUACGGGCAAAAGCCCAUCAAAGGAUCGCCAUUCCCACGAGGGUACUACAAGUGCAGCAGCGUGAGAGGAUGCCCGGCGAGGAAGCACGUGGAGAGAGCCCAGGACGAUCCGAGGAUGCUGACGGUGACGUACGAGGGGGAGCACCGCCACUCCGUCGUCAACGCCAACACCAACACCAACACCAACACCAAUACCAUCUCCUACGCCCCGGCCCCCCACUCUUGA